AAUUAUAAUUUUUAGGUUAAAUCCAAUAAAAACUAUGUAUUUCAGGAAAUAUUUAAUGAAAAUAUAUAAAUAAUAUAAAUUUUAUUUCGUAUUUCCCCACCAUAGGUUACUAAGUGAAGAUGCAUUUGUCCUUACCAACAAUUUAGGUAAUACUCAAUUUUGGCCAAAAAUAGACAUGAGGAAUAAGGUUUUUCUCAAAUUACUGAUUCAAUUAUUACUCUGUUGACAAGAAUAUGGCAAGGUGUAAAAAUUGUGAACGGGUAAUUAAAUAAUUUUCAGCAAGUAGCAGUAAACCAAAAAUACAAACGACCAAAACGGAGAAAACUUAUUUGAAUUUGUUUUACGAGCGUAAUGGGGAAAAAUGUUCCAGAAGUAAUAGUAGUAGAGUGUUUCAAAAUUAUGGAGAUUCGAGGACAGAUCGUUAUAUACCGUCUCCAAAAAGUAUAACAACUUAUGGUGAUACCCAGAUUAUCGAUGACGAUGUCGAUUCAAUGUAUUUGAAAAGUAAUAUUUCAGAAUCGGAAAUAAGUUGUAACUGUGAAAAAGUAAAUUCCUUAAUGGUACCGGAAUUGCAUCUCAAUUCAAACAGCAGCUUAAAGUAUCAAAGUUUAUCUGAUGUUAACUUUAACAGUUACAAAUCCCCUCAAUUGAUUGUUUGCCAAAAAAAUCGGAGUGUAUAUAAAACGAACAAUAAUAAUUUCAGUACAGUUGGAUCAGUACCAGUAAAUGAUAAAUUGGAAUCUUGGAAAAGAAGACAACAAUAUGGUAGGAAAGUUAGUGAAUCUAAUCGAAUAAAGAUGAACGAAAGAAGAAUUUUGAGAAAUUUGGAAAGGGAACUUCAAAAUUCAAAAAUAUGCGUGUAGUAUAUCUUCAAGUUGACUCUUUUUGUAAAAUACUAUUUAUUUGAUAUUAGUCUGAUGAUGCUAGAAAAUUGUUAAAGUUUAGUUUAUCAAGUUUCUACAUAUAAUUAUAUCCAGAUUCCAAUACAGUCCAGCAUUUUAUUAUAAUGGUUUUACCAUAAAAGAAUAUUCUCCAAAUAAAUUUUCUUGGAAUUA